AUGGCUGACCCACUAACUACUAUUGACGGGUUCCCGUAUUACCAAUUCGAUAUCAAAAAUCAAGAUGAAUUCAAACGUGUUUCCGAAUUGAUUUCAACUCACCUAUCUGAGCCGUACUCAAUCUACGUCUAUUGGUAUUUUUUGAAUAACUGGCCCCAGUACUGUUUCAUAGUCAAGCAUGAAGAUCAUAUAAUAGGUGUCAUUAUUUCGAAGCUAGAACCGCAUAGAGGAGUACGGUUGAGAGGGUACAUUGGUAUGUUGGUGAUUGACCCCAGUUACAGGAAAAGAGGUAUCGCUAGUAACUUGGUGAAGUUAACCAUUAACAAAAUGAUUGAUGACAAUGUCGAUGAAAUAAUGUUGGAAACCGAAGUGAUCAACAAUGGUGCAUUGAAUUUGUAUGAAAGUUUGGGAUUCCUUCGAACGAAAAGGUUGUAUCGUUAUUACUUGAAUACACAUGACGCAUUCAGGUUGAUACUACCGUUGAGUGACAAGUCACAUACAAGGAUUGCAUUCCUACCGCUUGUUCAGCAGUGA